AUAACCUGGCUUUCUCCUUUCUUUCUUGGAACUCUGCAUAAUAAAUCCACAGUGCAUGCUACUAAUUUCCUUUCAACAUUGAUCGACACGUGUACAUACAAUUUCAGUUCACAAAUGCUUACUUACAUUACAUAUGCGCUUCCAACAAUCAGUAUAAUACUGUAACUAAGUUGUGUGCGUUUUUUAUCGAGCUUAAAUGGAUCUUAGAUCUCUGCAAAUGGCGAAUCCAGUCCUUCAUUCCUCCAUUCCCCGCACGACUUCAGCUACAACACACAUAUUUGGUGCCCAGUUGAGAUUCUUGGAAAUUGAACAGACCCAUGUCAGAUUAUCGACUUCUUCCAGGAAGUUAAUGCCUACUGUUAUUAGAGUAAGACUUCUGUUUAAGCUUCCUGAUUUGGCCAUGCCAAUUGUAAACAUUUCCAUUUUGAUGCAUCAUUUUCAACCCUUCCAGCAAACCCAAGAAGAAAGAAAGAGAGUCGUGAGGAGAAUUUCAACCAAGAAGAAGAAAGCAAGUCGUGAGGGAGACUUUUUUUUUUUUUUUGGUGGGUGGGGGUGCACUUCAAAAAGUUUCUAUUUUUGUUCUUGGUUUUCUUUAAUUUAGAGCUUUGCAAAAAAAUAGGAAAAAAAAGGGGAAAACUGUCAGCCUUUAAUCAUUAAGGAA